GAGAGUGAGAGUGAGAGAGAGAGAGAGAUAGGGUGAUAGAGAAAUGCGCGCGCGCAAGAGAGAGGAUUCGUAAAUGUUUUUGUGCCAAAGUUUGCCUACAACGAAUGACAAGAGCAUAUAUAGCCAAAAUACGUUAACAUAAGGUUAGUUUAAUGGAUGGAGAAGAUGAAGACUUGCCUAGGCCAAGUUGCCAGACCCAGUUCCCCAGUUAUGCCAGUGGUUCGGCGUUUGAUCUUACAGAUGAUAAGGACACGGACUCUUCCAAUUCAAACACAGAAACGCAUGGAAAUCUUGGGGAUAUGAAAUUUAGUGUGAAUGCUUAUAUCAAGGGUGUCAUGAAAAUGAUGUUCAUCAUGCGUAACCAUAAUAUGUUGACUGAUAUCGUAUUAGAAGUUGGCUCAGAGAUUUUCCAUGCACAUAAAGUUAUUUUAGCAGCUGCUAGUCCUUAUUUUAAGGCUAUGUUUACAGGAGGAUUAAAAGAAAGCGAGAUGACAAGGGUAAAACUAUUGGGUGUUUGUCCAACAGCAAUGGCUAAGCUAGUAAAUUUUAUGUAUACUGGCAAAAUACGUGUAACAGAAAUAACAGUCUGUUCACUUUUACCAGCUGCAACAAUGUUCCAGGUAUCAAAUGUAGUAGACGCUUGCUGCCUGUUUCUUGAAAAUCAGCUGGACCCAACAAAUGCCAUUGGUAUAUCUAAUUUUGCAGAGCAACAUAGUUGUUCAAACUUAUAUCACAAGGCAAAUCAAUUUAUAGUACAGCACUUUAGUAGAAUUUGUCAAGAAGAAGAGUUUUUGCAACUAUCACCUGUGCAGUUAGUCGCACUUGUUCGAAAGGAUGAACUCAAUGUUCAAGAAGAGCGUGAAGUUUAUAAUGCGGUACUUAAGUGGGUUAAAUAUAACGAAGAGGCCCGGGGUCCAAAAAUGGAGCAUAUUUUGCAUGUAGUGCGUUGCCAAUACUUGACACCGAGCUUUUUGAGCGAGCAAAUGAAUAACUGCGAUGUACUAAAGAAAGUUCCAGCUUGCAGAGAAUAUUUGGCUCAGAUUUUCAAAGAUCUAACUUUGCAUAAAAAACCUAUAGUAAAAGAAAGAACACCGAAUACGCCACGAACUAUUUAUAUCGCUGGUGGAUUUUUACAGCAUUCCUUAGACUUGUUCGAAGGCUAUAAUGUGGAUGAUAAAACAUGGACACAACAUGCGAGAUUAUUGGUCCCACGAUCAGGAUUAGGUGGAGUUUUUCUCAAAGGUGUAUUCUAUGCUAUCGGUGGAAGAAAUAAUACUCCAGGAAAUAGGUAUGAUAGUAAUUGGGUGGAUCGUUACAAUCCAGCAACAGACCAAUGGAGACCGUGUAGUCCAUUAUCUGUUCCAAGGAAUCGUUUAGGAGUUGCUGUAAUGGAUGGUCUAUUAUAUGCUGUUGGUGGAAGCUCAAAUGCAGAGUAUCAUAGAAGUGUCGAAUGCUAUGAUCCAGAUCACGAUACUUGGACGACUAUCAAGCCAAUGCAUAAAAAGAGAUUAGGAGUUGGAGUAGCCGUCGUUAACAGAUUGCUGUAUGCAAUUGGAGGCUUCGAUGGGAGUGAUAGAUUAAAUUCCGUGGAGUGUUAUCAUCCAGAAAACGAUGAAUGGACUAUGGUCUCUCCAAUGCAUGUUUGUCGAUCUGGAUCUGGUGUUGCAAGUCUGGGCCAAUAUAUUUAUGUUGUUGGCGGAUUUAAUGGAAAAAAUCAAAUUAACACAGUUGAACGAUACGAUACUGAAAAGGAUGUUUGGGAGUAUGUUAGUGCUCUGCAAACAGCUCGAAGUGCCUUGAGUGUCACCGUACUAGGUGGAAAGCUAUACGCCAUGGGUGGAUUUGACGGGACUACAUUCUUGAACAUUGUAGAAAUUUUCGAUCCUGCGGAGAACAAGUGGGAAGAAGGUGUACCAAUGACAUCUGGUCGUUCUGGACAUGCCAGUGCAGUCUCAUAUCAACAUUGCCCAAUUCAUUGUGAUCAUUUAGACCAUAACGUAAAUUUACAGAAAGCACCAUCGUGACAUUAGUAUUAUUUAUAACUAAAAAAUGACCGUGUGUAAAUGUGAAUUUAAUUAUACUUCUUUUAUAAUUGUUUCUUAUUGAUAACAAUACUAUUUUUGAUCAAGAUACUUUCAUGGAUCUAAAGCAAAGAUUAAAUAUUGUACGUUUUUAGGAAAAUAUGUGAAAAGCUUGAUAUUAAACCUAUAAUAUUAUACAAAAUAGAAUAAUCUCGUGGAUGUAAUAAGAUCGAGGAAUGGUUCAACGGAGUUAGCAAAUUUAUAAUUUAAUCGAUACAUAUGCUAGUUGUUGUGGA